AUAUGCAAAAAAAAUCCCAGCUCUCGUGUAUCAUAUGCGCGUCCACGUGUUGUGUGAUAUAACCUUCAAAAACUAGCCGAGCGAUUCAUGAGUGUUCUCAGAUUUUUUAUUAUUAAAAAGUUAUUAUUUUAGAAAGAAAAACAUGACAAGUAAUUGUGAUUUACUAAAGACAAUCGAGGACGAUGAAGAAGUGCCGAAUUAUUCGGAGAAUUCAGACGAGGAAGACGACUAUCAGCCACGAAAGCAAAAGAAGUAUGAGAAUAAAGAUUUUGAUGGUAGUUUUCAAUUCACUGCUGCUGAACACAAUCAGGAUCCUUGGAAUGACUUAAGCAAGUACAUUAAACGCAAACCAAACACGAAAUUAGAUGAUAAAAUAAAAAAAUUAAAAGAACAGGUAUAUAAUAUUACUGGAACAGAAGAUGAUCCUGUUAAAAUUGAAGCAGAAAUAGACCAAAAUGAUGAUACUAUUUCUUUAUCUGAGGAUGAGUUUAAGAAAGAUACAUUUAAGACUAAAGAAAAGAAAGGUAGAAAGAAAAAAUCUGUGAAAGAAAAGGAUGAGGAAACUAUGGACUUCGAGGAAUAUACGGAUUCUCGAGCAUAUGCUACGUUUUAUCAAAUGAAUUUAUCUAGACCUUUGCUAAAGGCUAUUACAGCAAUGAAUUUUGUACAACCAACUCCCAUACAAACUGCCACUAUUCCUGUAGCUUUAAUGGGUCGUGAUAUAUGUGGUUGUGCGGCAACAGGAACAGGGAAAACUGCAGCCUACAUGCUUCCUACUUUGGAAAGAUUAUUGUAUAGGCCAUUGGAUGGGCCUGCUAUUUCACGUGUUCUUGUACUUGUGCCUACUAGAGAAUUGGGAGUACAAGUUUAUCAAGUGACAAAGCAGUUAGCUCAAUUUACAACAGUAGAAGUUGGUUUGUCUGUAGGUGGAUUGGAUGUAAAAGUACAGGAAGGUAUAUUGAGAAAAAAUCCGGAUAUUGUAAUAGCAACACCAGGAAGAUUAAUUGAUCAUUUAAAGAAUGCACCGACUUUUUCUUUGGACAGUAUUGAAGUAUUAAUUCUGGAUGAAGCUGAUAGAAUGUUAGAUGAAUAUUUUGCUGAACAAAUGAAAUAUAUUGUAAAGCAAUGCUCAAGGACCAGGCAGACUAUCCUCUUCUCUGCUACUAUGACUGAGGAAGUUAAAGAUUUAGCUGCAGUAUCUCUUGACAAACCUGUCAAGAUAUUCGUGGAUAGUAAUCAAGAUGUGGCCUUUAAUUUACGUCAAGAAUUUAUUCGUAUACGUAAGGAAAGAGAAGGAGAUCGCGAAGCUAUUUUAGCAGCACUAGUCUGCCGAACUUUUCACGAUCACGUCAUGGUUUUUGUACAAACGAAGAAACAAGCUCAUAGAUUGCAUAUUUUAUUGGGAUUAUUAGGUGUGAAAGUUGGAGAACUUCAUGGUAAUCUCACACAACCACAGCGAUUAGAGAAUCUUCGAAAGUUUAAAGAUGAGGAAAUUGAUAUUUUGUUAGCGACUGAUGUCGCUGCAAGAGGUUUAGAUAUAAGUGGUGUAAAGACUGUAAUUAAUUUUGUGAUGCCCGCCACUCUUCAACAUUAUAUACACAGAGUGGGAAGAACUGCAAGAGCAGGACGUGGAGGUGUUUCUGUAUCAUUAGCGGGAGAACAAGAACGUUCUUUGGUAAAAGAAGUUAUCAAGCAAGCGAAAAAUCCGGUUAAGAAUAGGAUAAUACCGUCAGACAUAAUAGAGAAAUACAAUAAGAAAUUACAAUCUUUGGAACCAGAUGUAGAAAAGAUUUUGCAAGAGGAAAAGGCUGAAAAAGAAUUAGCUAAAGUAGAAAAUGAAGCCAAUCGUGUUGAAAAAUUGCUAGCAGUAGAAGAUAAUAAAUCUCAUAGAAGUUGGUUCCAAACCAAAAAAGAAAGAAAGAAACAAAAAGAAAAUCUUCGAUUAACUGGGAAAGAAGUUAGCAAAAAUAAAAAACGUGAGAAUGAACCUCCCAACAUAGUACAAGAAAAAAAGAAAAAAGCACAAAGUGAACCUAAAAAGGAUACAGCUGAAGAUAGAGCUAAGAAAGAAUUAGAAAAGGUAGCUGCCUAUCAAGCACGACUAGCCAAAAAGAAUAACAAACAGAAGAAAAUUAGAGUAGUUAUGGAUGAAAAUGACCGUGAUCUUGCUAAAAAAGAAUCAUUGAAACGAUCAAGAUCAUCGUUUGCUGCUGACUUAACAGACACGAGCAAAAAGGGUGUCAAAAGAAUGCGAUAUGAGGCAAACGUUAAAAAUAAACAUCGUACAUUUAAAACACAACAGAAAAGAAAAGUUGCAAUGAAAGGAAAGGCCCAAAAAAAAUCUUUUAAAAAACGUUAAGAUAUACGUAUACGCGGGCG